AUGACUCUCUCUAAAACUGCAAGCUUCCUCCUUGCUUCGGUUGCGCUGGUCGCUGGCCACGGUUAUGUCACCAGCAUUGAUGUGGAUGGCACAACUUAUGGAGGCUAUCUGAUUGAUACAUACUACUAUGAGUCCGAUCCUCCAGAGCUGAUCGCCUGGUCCACCACCGCUACCGAUGAUGGCUACGUCGCUCCUACUGCAUACGACGAUCCCAGCAUCAUUUGUCAUCGUGGCUCGGCGCCGGCAGCUCUCUCUGCACCAAUAUCCCCGGGUGGUACUGUCAAAUUGACCUGGAGCACUUGGCCUGACGACCACCAUGGCCCCGUUAUCACCUAUAUGGCAAACUGCAAUGGCAACUGCUCUGAUGUUGACAAGACUGCUCUGGAAUUCUUCAAGAUCGACGCCGGUGGUUUGAUCGACGAUUCUACGAUUCCCGGAACAUGGGCUAGCGAUGAGCUCAUUGCGGCUAGCUACAGUCGUACCCUCACCAUUCCCACCGAUAUUGAGGCCGGUGAUUAUGUCCUUCGCCAUGAAAUCAUUGCCCUGCAUGGUGCUGAGGAUCUGGAUGGUGCUCAAAACUACCCUCAGUGCAUCAACCUCAAGGUCACUGGCAGCGGCACCGCAACACCCAGUGACACCCUUGGUACCGCACUGUACAAGGAUACUGACCCCGGUAUCUACGUCGAUAUCUGGAACACCCUUACCACCUAUGUCAUUCCUGGUCCCACUCUAUAUACUGCCGGAAGCACCGCCACAGCUACCAGUGCCGUGACCACUAGUUCGGCCACUACCAGCUCAGUCACCGCCAGUGCUGUUAGCACUAGUGCUUCCGCCGAGGCUGCGGUCUCUGCAAGCUCUACCGCUGAGACUACUGUCGCAUCUCAAACUACCCUGGCUACUACUUCACGAUCCGACCCCACUGGCCAAGCUCAGCCUAACCACCAUGAGCGCCCUGCCGCUGGUGGUGUCGUUCCCACCACCUCUACCGCUGAUGCGGCUGCUACUACUACCACUACUACCUCCAGCUCUUCAACUGCUACCUCUGGAGUCCUUAGUGGUGCAUGCAGUGAGGAAGACUACUGGUACUGCAAUGGCGGUACAGCCUUCCAGCGUUGCGUCAAUGGCGAGUGGGAUGCUUCGCAGAGCAUGGCUGAGGGUACCGAGUGCAUCGCCGGUAUUUCUGAGACCCUGAUCAUCUCCGCUUCCAAGAGGCGCCGAGAGGUCGCUCACAUGCGUCGCCAUCACGUUCGCGCGAAUCUCGCUUAA